AUUCCAACAAAAGCUUCAGCUUGGUUUUUUGUCAAAACACAUAGAAAGCAUAACUGCUAAACCUCCUCCACCGCCACCGCCGCCGCCGCCGCCACCACCAAAUGGAAGAGAAGAAGAAGAACAAGAAGCAGAAGCACCAACACCCCAACGACCAAACCAUCAAACCCGCAUCGGACUUUUCUUUCAAGCCAAGCUCCGAGGUAAAGGGGCUCAGGUUCGGAGGCCAAUUCGUCGUAAAAUCAUUCACAAUCCGCCGCGCACGGCCUCUUGAGCUUCUAAAGCUGCUGUCUUUUCCUCUGACAAAUAAUAAAUCUAACGGCAACAAGCUUCCGUUCCCUUCUACCACGGCUUUUCUCCCCACGAACUUCACAAUCCUGGCGCACCAUGCCUGGCAUACUCUGACUCUUGGUCUGGGUACAAAGAAAUCGAAAGUUCUCCUCUUUGUUUUCGAAUCUGAGACGAUGAAGCAAGCCGUGGACAGAAUAUGGCUGCCGGAGAUUCCUCUGGGUGAAGUGAACAAGAAGCUAAUAAGAGGGCUAAGUGGGUGCGAGAUGGCUCGAUUCAAGUUCAGAAAAGGGUGCAUCACUUUUUAUGUUUAUGCCGUGAGGCGAGUCGGCAACAUCGGUUUCUCAUGUGCUGAUGAUCUCAGAACCAUUCUGCAGUCUGUGGUGAAUCUCAAUGAUUUCUUAGAUCAUACUGCUAUGCUUGCCAUGCCUAACCAGAGAAGCAUUAACUAUUCUCAUCCUGUUGCCAUGGCUCAUUAGGCAUUUUUCUUAUCUUUUUGUCUCUUUUCCUCAUUAUCAAAUAUCAGUCCUCUCUUUAAUUGACUCUUGUUUAAAAUACUUUGCUUGUGAUGUGCAGAAUUAAUUGGUUCAUUUGUUGGGGAUCUUUAUUACUUCAUUUUCAUUUCUUUAUUUUCUUCUCUUGACAAAUCUGUAGUAUCAAUAAAUUUGGUUUCUUUCC